AUGAAUAUACCACAAGAAGAGAUGCACGACGAUACAAAGCACGAAGGACAAGAACCAGUGAAUCAAGAUGAAUGCUACGACGUUACUGCUGCUGCUGCGACUCGUGCUGUAGCCUCUGCUUCUCCACCCACUCUUGCACUGAAUCAAACAACAGAAACCAUGUUGAUUACUCCUUUGAAUAUACACAAUUUGCCUGCCAAUAUAUUGCAGCACCUGCAACAGCAAAAUCUAGGCAAUGUCAUUACCACGUUUGCCACAGCAACCCAUCACUCUUCUGACGAAAAGAUACCUACUACACUGAUACCAUCCAAUACCACCACCACAGCUACAGCAAGCAGUUUACUCGAUGCAAAUGAUAAAUCAACCAACAAAAACUUGACGGCAGAUGAGAGAAGACAGCGUCGUUUGUGGAGAAAUAGAGUAGCAGCCAAAGAAUGUCGCAAGAAAAAGAAGCAGUACGUCCAUGAACUAGAGGAAACUAUUACGAGAUUAGAAAGUGAGAAUUCGGCGUUACGCAAACAAGUGGAAAAUAUCAAGAUCAAAGUGGCUAAGAAAGAUCAAGAACAGCAGCCCUCGCCCUUGGAUAACUUUAAGCUGAUGAAGCAGGUUGAAGAGUUAAAUGCUAAACUAGGAAAUAUUUAG